GAUGAGAAGUUGAUUUGUUGAUCGGAAUUGAGAUGGCAACGACACCGGUACAGCCUCCGGUUUCAGAUUCCCCACCGGUGGCUUCGCCGCCGCCACUGAAUAAUUCUACUCCAAGUAACAAUGCUACUUCUCCGGCUACACCACCACCAGUGACAUCUCCGCUUCCUCCGUCAGCGCCGCCACCAAAUAGAGCUCCUCCUCCUCCGGUUACUACCUCACCACCACCAGUUGCAAAUGGAGCUCCUCCUCCUCCACUGCCAAAACCACCUGAGAGCUCUCCUCCACCACCACAACAACCAGUGGUCCCUUCACCUCCUCCUUCAAUUUCACCGCCACCACCAUCUGUGCAGCCACCGCAAGCCUCUCCUCCGCCUCCACCACCUGCAUUAGUCCCACCAUUACCUUCUUCUCCUCCACCUCCUGCAUCUGUUCCUCCUCCACGGCUAUCGCCUUCACCACCAAUCUUAGAUCGCUCCCCUCCUCCUCCUCCGCCUUCAAACCGUCCCAUUCAAUCUCCUCCUCCUCCAUCACCGCCUUCAAACCGCCCCAUUCAAUCUCCUCCUCCUCCUUCAUCGCCUUCAGACCCUCCCACUCAAUCUCCUCCUCCUCCUUCACCGCCUUCAGACCGUCCCUCUCAAUCUCCUCCUCCACCACCAGAGGAUACUAAACCCCCACCUCCCAGAAGAAGUCCAAAUUCUCCACCACCAACAUUCUCUUCUCCUCCACGUUCUCCUCCUGAAAUACUUGUCCCAGGUUCUGAUAAUCCACCCCAAAACAACCCUACUCUCAGGCCUCCUCUUGAUGCUCCAAAUUCUACUAAUGGUAGUGGAAUUGGUACUGGGGCUGUUGUUGGUAUCAGUGUAGCAGUGGCACUUGUGGUGUUCACUCUUAUUGGUAUUUUUGUCUGGUGCGUGAGAAGACGAGAAAAACGACUUUCAGCUGUUAGUGGUGGCGAUGUUACGCCAUCACCAAUGAGCUCUACCGCAAGAUCAGAUUCAGCUUUUUUUAGGAUGCAGUCAUCUGCACCUGUUUUAGGAGAAAAGCGUUCGGGCAGUCAUCAAACAUAUUUCUCACAAUCACAAUCUGGUGGCUUAGGCAAUUCAAAAGCAUUGUUUUCCUACGAAGAACUUGUGAAGGCAACAAAUGAUUUUUCACAAGAAAAUCUAUUAGGUGAAGGAGGAUUUGGUUGUGUAUAUAAAGGAAUAUUACCGGAUGGGAGAGUAGUUGCUGUCAAACAACUUAAAAUUGGUGGAGGACAAGGUGACCGGGAAUUCAAAGCUGAAGUUGAGACUCUUAGUAGAAUUCAUCACCGCCAUUUGGUUUCAAUCGUGGGACAUUGUAUCUCUGGUGACCGCAGAUUGCUUAUCUAUGAUUAUGUCUCUAACAAUGACCUUUAUUUCCACCUUCAUGGAGAAAAAUCUGUUCUGGACUGGGCAACACGUGUUAAAAUUGCGGCUGGGGCGGCUCGUGGACUAGCUUAUCUCCAUGAAGAUUGUCACCCGCGUAUCAUUCACAGGGACAUUAAGUCGUCUAACAUUCUUUUAGAGGAAAACUUUGAUGCUCGGGUUUCUGACUUUGGUCUUGCAAGAUUAGCUCUUGAUUGCAACACACAUAUCACCACACGAGUUAUCGGAACAUUUGGCUACAUGGCUCCUGAAUAUGCAUCAAGUGGAAAAUUAACAGAGAAAUCAGAUGUAUUCUCCUUUGGAGUUGUUCUGCUCGAGUUAAUCACUGGACGUAAACCGGUGGAUACAUCGCAACCACUGGGAGACGAGAGCCUUGUUGAAUGGGCCCGGCCUCUGAUAAGUCAUGCCAUAGAAACCGAGGAAUUUGUUUCUUUAGCAGAUCCCAAGCUUGGAGGAAACUAUGUCGAAUCUGAAAUGUUUAGAAUGAUUGAAGCAGCGGGAGCCUGCGUACGCCAUUUAGCUACAAAGAGACCUCGGAUGGGACAAAUUGUGAGAGCUUUUGAAAGUUUAGCUGCGGAAGACCUUACCAACGGAAUGAGACUAGGUGAAAGCGAGUGGCAACAACCCAUCAAGAAUAUCCCAGUUUUGUCUCAAAAACUCACCAUCUUUCGCGCCUCAAACCGGCACAUCCUGUUCAUAUCAAAGCAGAACCUUCUCAGAGAUCUUGAAACAAAACAGAGGAUUACAAAGGAGCUAGUGGUUGAACAGAAAGAUGAGAAAAAAAGGAUAGAUGGGUAAAUACUUAUGUUCUGGUACAAGAGAGGCUUUGUUUCUUACAUGAGAUUGCUUUUGUAUCUAUUUUUUUUCAUACUUAUACGUUCAUGUUUGAACAUUCUGUGACAUUACUUAUGAUAAAUCAAUAAGGCUCAAUUUG